GGGAUAGAAGAGGAGGAAAGAAAAGCUAAACCUGCAGGAAAGUGCCCCGUGCCGAGGAGAACGCGGUUAGGAAGUGUGCGCCUGCUUCUGAACCCUGAGUGGUUCUCAGUUCUGUAACCUUCGCCUCCCACUGGGUGGAGUAGGGCUUUUAAGAGCAGCUGGAAUGCAGUUCCCCUGAUCAGUGUAGCCAGUUGUUGCCUGUCUGAACCUCUGCCAGUCCUGGAGAGCGGUGCUCUGAGCUCAAGCCAGCAGGCCUCUUUCUGCCCGCUCGCUGCCGUCCUUCUUGCCGGAGAAGAACGUUCCCACCUGUCAAGCCAUGGGGGAGGACGCCGCCCAAGCUGAGAAGUUUCAGCACCCGGGGUCUGCCGUGUGGCAGGAGAAGCCAGCCAGCCCCAGCCUCGCGCCCUCUUCCACGCCGAGCCCCAGCCUGAACCUGGGGAGCACGGAGGAGGCCAUCCGGGACAACUCGCAGGUGAACGCCGUCACGGUGCUCACGCUCCUGGACAAGCUGGUGAACAUGCUGGAUGCCGUGCAGGAGAACCAGCACAAUAUGGAGCAGCGGCAGAUCAGCCUAGAGGGCUCCGUGAAGGGCAUCCAGAACGACCUCACCAAGCUCUCCAAAUACCAGGCCUCCACCAGCAACACGGUGAGCAAGCUGCUGGAGAAGUCCCGCAAGGUCAGCGCCCACACUCGCGCGGUCAAGGAGCGCAUGGACAGGCAGAGCGCGCAGGUGAAGCGGCUGGAGAACAACCAUGCCCAGCUCCUCAGGCGCAACCAUUUCAAAGUGCUCAUCUUCCAGGAAGAAAAUGAGAUCCCUGCCAGUGUGUUUGUGAAAGAGCCAGUUUCCAGCCCAGCGGAAGAGAAGGAGGAGCUUGCUGAUGAAAACAAGUCCCUGGAGGAAACCUUGCACACAGUGGACCUCUCAUCAGAUGAUGAAUUGCCCCACGAUGAGGAGACCCUGGAAGACAGUGCAGAGGAAAAGAUGGAAGAAAGCAGGGCAGAGAAAAUAAAAAGAUCCAGCCUCCGGAAAGUAGAUAGCCUCAAGAAAGCGUUUUCUCGCCAGAACAUCGAGAAAAAAAUGAACAAGCUGGGGACAAAGAUCGUGUCUGUAGAGAGGAGAGAGAAGAUUAAGAAAUCUCUCACUUCCAAUCACCAGAAAAUAUCCUCAGGGAAAAGCUCCCCCUUCAAGGUUUCUCCCCUCACUUUUGGUCGGAAGAAAGUCCGAGAGGGAGAAGGCCCUGCAGAAAACGAGACCAAGUCAGAAGACACGCCUAGCAGCGAGCAGAUGCCAGAUGACCACGAGGAGAGCUCGUUUGCAGAGGGUCUUUCUGAAGCAUCCCUCACCGGUGCCCUGGUGGAAGGCAAGAGCAAGGAGGAGGAUGCAGAGAGGGAGGCCUCCAGAGGGAGUAACUCGGGCAGGGAUAGCAACAUCGACUUGACAAUUGUGGAAGAUGAAGAGGAGGAGUCGGUGGCCCUGGAACAAGCGCAGAAGGUUCGCUACGAGGGAGGCUACCUGCUGACCUCUGAGGAUGCAGAGCAGUCGGAUGCAAGCCCGGGCCAGCCUGCCGUGCUCCAGGUGGACCAGACCGCCUAAACGCGCAGCCUGCCGGGCCCAGCCUGUGCUUCCGUUCCGGCGGGUAACCAGAGUCUGGAAACAAAGCCCUGCACGUGUCCGCACUACCCACUCACUACCGUGUUGUUGUCCAAGCAGCCCUCACCCACUCCACAGGAGCAGCGCACAGAUGGACCAAGAUCUACUGUGAAGGCGACCUGUCAGGAGCGUCGCUUCCAACUUGUUCUUCGGUUCUGUUUUUGUAGAAUUUCUCCAAGAUUGCAUGGAAGAAGAGAAGGGGCAGCUGCAAAACGCUGACCAAUUUGGCUUAGUUAGAAAAACCAGAGGCUACUUGAGAUACUAGUCAUGAGAUGGGAUUCAUUUCUUGUCAUUCCAUAGGCUUGCCGAAUAGUGUACCAGCGCUAUAUUGAAUUUCCACUGAACUCUGUGAAGCUAAUUAUUGUAUUUCAAGUGUGUGAUAUAUAAUAUACAUAUGUAGGGGCGCCAGGGUGGCGCAGUCGGUUAAGCGUCCGACUUCAGCCAGGUCACGAUCUCGCGGUCCGUGAGUUCGAGCCCCGCGUCAGGCUGUGGGCUGAUGGCUCAGAGCCUGGAGCCUGUUUCCGGUUCUGUGUCUCCCUCUCUCUCUGCCCCUCCCCCGUUCAUGCUCUGUCUCUCUCUGUCCCCCAAAAAAUAAAUAAACGUUGAAAAAAAACUUUUUUUUUUUAAAUAAUAUACAUAUGUAUUUAAGCUAAGGACAUACCUACUUUAUAUUAUAAGAAAAAACACAUGCUUUUUAAAAAAGGUAGAAGAGACAGUCUGGUCGCUUAUUCACUUAAUAGAAACCAAUGUUUUAACUUCAAAUGAAGAAAACACUGAAAGACUGUAAUAUUCAGCUAAUCAGGUAAGAUCUAGGAAAGUCAGGACUAUCAGAAAAAGACAACUAAGAGGGAGAAGUUGGAAAAUAAGAGAAACGGGAAAGAAGGAAUGCCAAAGAGAAUGAAGGCCUAGAAAAGCCAUGUGCUUAGAAGUAAAAUAUUUACUGUAUUAACUCAAGUAUUCUUUUCUUUAAAUAACAAUUCUAAAGAGUUUCGUAUAUCCUUGAACAACAUGUUAUAUCUUCACAAUAUUUUUAUCUUCUAAUAUUUUCAAAUAAUAUAAAAAUAUAGUUUACUGUGUUAAAGCUGCAUUUUGCUUAAUAAAUAAAAGACAUUACAGAUCUUUCACCAAGGAGCUUUAAAAGGAUGCCGUGUCUUUAACACCGGAACCAACGUAAAUCUCUGAAAUUAAUAUGUACUGGCUUUUGUAGGAAGUUCGAUCAGACGACUCUUUCAUGCUUUCCAAAUUUAAAAUGACCUUUACACUCCAAAUGAUGUAAUGUAGGUGUGUAAGAUGUUAAAAGCAACAGGUUUGAGAAGGGAAGGAUUGUUUUUCCUUUUGUAGAUGAUGGUAAUUUCAUUCUAGGUCAUAUUUUAUUUAUAUAUUAAUUUCACAGAGUAUUAAUAGGAUUCUUCCAAAAGCAUGCUAGUGUUUAUGUAUAUGUGCACCCUUAUUCGGCCAGGAUAAUUUUUACUCCGGUCUAACGUUAUACUAAAACACUGCUUUCUCUAUUUUUGAUUACAGAAUGCUAAUGUUUUGAGAACACAACUAAAUUAUAGUGUAGAGGCAAUCGUGCCGGGGAGCAAAUUCCCUACCUUUAGUGUGUACCACUCACUAUAAGUAACCUGACAAAUAUAAGUAACCCAAGACGGUAUUAACAAACAAUGCUUUGUUUCCUAAAAGGAAAAACAGGCUCAAGGUAUUGAUAGCCUAACCUAUACAGCUGUGUCCCUACUUGCCGUAAUGUACCUCAAACAUUAGAUUGUUGAACUAACGAUGGCUGUGUUAAAGAAGACUAAAUAAACCAAAGCAUGAAAAGUG